AAUGUCCGACGAUGAGAUGAAUAUCGAUGACGUGGCGUCUGGGGGUGCAGUAAGGAGACGGGGCAGAGGUUUCCAAAAUUCAGGAGGAAACGACAGCACUAUUGCUGCUGAACAAACAUACGAUCGUGUAGAGAGCGCGCAGACCAAGGAGUCCGAUACCCGAGCGGCUCGAGCUGUAGAAGGAUGGAUUGUCCUUGUAACAAACGUUCACGAGGAGGCGACAGAGGAGGACCUGCAGGACAAGUUUGGAGAGUUUGGCGAGAUCAAAAACCUGCAUUUGAACCUCGAUCGUCGUACGGGUUAUGUCAAGGGCUACGCGCUGGUCGAAUACGAGACAAUGACGGAGGCUCAAGCUGCAAUCGACGGUGCCUCAGGAACACCUCUACUCGAGCAAGUCAUCCAAUGCGAUUAUGCGUUUGUUCGGCCACCACCUACAGGCCCCAAGAAAGGCAGAUCUGGACGGGGACGCAGCGCCAGUCCCAGCCGAAGAAGAUG